AUGGUGAUCACAGGCAAUGAUGAGAAUGUUAUACAUAACUUGAAGUCUUUUCUUCACAAUCAGUUUCACAUUAAAGAUUUGGGACAUUUGAAGUAUUUUCUUGGGCUAGAAAUUGCAAGAUCAAAGACGGGAAUUGUGAUCUCCCAACGAAAGUACACAUUUGAUAUACUUGAUGAUGUAGGUCUUCUAGGUGCUCAACUAGUAGACUUUCCUAUGGAGCAAAACUUGAAGCUCACAAACAGUGAUGGUGAAGUGCUCAAUGAUCCUUCGCGGUUUAGACUAUUGGUGGGAAGCUUAAUCUACCUUACAAUCACUCGACCAGAGAUUACUUAUGCAGUCAACAUUCUGAGCCAAUUUAUGCAUCAACCGAGGAAACCAUAUUUGGAUGCCGCUUUACGUAUUCUUCGUUAUCUGAAAGGUAGUCCAUGUCAACGAUUACUUUUCUCUUCAAACAGAAAGUUGCAUUUGAUAGGUUAUUGUGAUUCUAAUUGGGCAAACUGCCCCAUGACAAGAAGAUCCACUUCAGGCUACUGUGUUUUUCUUGGGAAUUCACUCAUAUCCUGGAAGACAAAGAAACAUAAAACGGUAUCUCAUUCAUCUGCUGAAGUAGAAUAUCGUUCCAUGGCUGUUGCUACUUGUGAGCUGACUUGGUUGCGAUAUCUUUUGAAAGAUCUACAAGUUACCAAUUUAGGUCAUGCAAAGUUGUUAUGUGACAACCAAGCAGCCCUUCAUAUUGCCGCCAAUCUCGUUUACCACGAACGCACGAAACACAUUGAGAUUGAUUGUCAUGUGGUUCGAGAGAAGAUACAAGCUGGACAGAUUGCUACCUCCUUUGUUCCAUCCACGUCACAAUUAGCAGAUUUGUUCACAAAAGCCCUUGGAAGUAAUGUUUUUAACAAUCUUGUAUGCAAGUUGGGCAUUCUUGAUAUCCACGCUCCAACUUGA